AUGUCCUGUGUGCUGUUGGAUGAACUCUGUGAAGUGGAUAUAAUCAGACCCCAGUUUACACUGUCGGCUCAGGACACUGGUCUCACUGGGAUGAAGGAAGGGCAGAUCCUGGGACACCUGGGGACAAGGGGACAUGUCAGACAGAAGAGGACAUGUCAGACAGAAGAGGACAUGUCAGACAGAAGAGGACAUGUCAGACAGAAGAGGACAUGUCAGACACAAGAGGACAUGUCAGACACAAGAGGACAUGUCAGACACAAGAGGACAUGUCAGACACAAGAGGACAUGUCAGACACAAGAGGACAUGUCAGACAGAAGAGGACAUGUCAGACACAAGAGGACAUGUCAGACAGAAGAGGACAUGUCAGACACAAGAGGACAUGUCAGACACAAGAGGACAUGUCAGACACAAGAGGACAUGUCAGACAGAAGAGGACAUGUCAGACACAAGAGGACAUGUCAGACACAAGAGGACAUGUCAGACAGAAGAGGACAUGUCAGACAGAAGAGGACAUGUCAGACAGAAGAGGACAUGUCAGACAGAAGAGGACAUGUCAGACAGAAGAGGACAUGUCAGACACAAGAGGACAUGUCAGACAGAAGAGGACAUGUCAGACACAAGAGGACAUGUCAGACAGAAGAGGACAUGUCAGACAGAAGAGGACAUGUCAGACAGAAGAGGACGUGUCAGACACAAGAGGACAUGUCAGACACAAGAGGACAUGUCAGACACAAGAGGACAUGUCAGACAGAAGAGGACAUGUCAGACAGAAGAGGACAUGUCAGACAGAAGAGGACAUGUCAGACAGAAGAGGACAUGUCAGACAGAAGAGGACAUGUCAGACAGAAGAGGACAUGUGA